CGGGGAAAGGCGGCCCCAGCCCAGAGCUCAGUCGGCUGUCGCAGGGAGAGCAGGCCGGGGAUCAUGGGGGAGAGCGCGCUGGAACCGGGGUCGGCGCCCCGAGCGCCGGCGGAGGGCCCGGUGCACGCCGUGACCGUGGUGACCCUGCUGGAGAAGCUGGCCACCAUGCUGGAGGCGCUGCGGGAGCGGCAGGGGGGCCUGGCACAGAGGCAGGGCGGCCUGGCCGGCUCGGUGAGCCGCAUCCAGAGCGGCUUGGGCGCGCUGAGCCGCAGCCACGACACCACCAGCAACAAGCUGGCGCAGCUGCUGGCCAAGGCGGAGCGCGUGGGCUCGCACGCCGAUGCCGCCCAGGAGCGCGCCGUGCACCGGGCCGCCCAGGUGCAGCGGCUGGAGGCCAACCACGGGCUGCUGGUGGCGCGCGGGAAGCUCCACGUCCUGCUCUUCAAGGAGGAGGCUGAAAUCCCAGCCAGAGCCUUCCAGAAGGCGCCGGAGCCCUUAGGCCCGCUGGAGCAGUCUGAGCCCGGCCCAGAGCAGCUGGAGGCUGAAGUUGGGGAGAGCUCGGAUGAGGAGCCCGUGGAGUCCAGGGCGCGGCGGCUGCGGCGCACGGGGUUAGAGAAGGUACAGAGCCUGCGAAGGGCCCUUUCCGGCAGAAAAGGCCCUGCAGCGCCCACGCCUGUCAAACCUCCCCGCCUCGGGCCUGGCGGGAGCGCUAAUGGCCAACCCGAAGAAGCCCUGCCUGCGCUGGAGUCCAAGCUGGAGCCAGAACCUCCUCAGGACACCGAGCAAGAUCCCGGGAGACCUGGGGCUGCCCAGCUGGCCGUGCUCCAGAUAGAGAGUGCGGCCUGAUGGCUGGUGCGCCUGCCUCCCCUGUGCCUAUGCUUAGUCCCAAAAUAAAUCUUCCUCUCGGAAGGCAGCAUUCACGCCCAAAUAAGGAGCGGAUCCUGCAUCCACAGCCCAGCUUUGGUCCUCCCUCCCGGGAUCCUUCAGCCCAGCACCCUGGGUCCUGGGAGCAGCCACUUACACCUGCUUGUACUCACCAUCAAUAAAAGCAAUGCUACCUAA